AAGUAUGCAGGCCUUUGCUAAGCUACCUAGUCCAGACCACCUCCCACCGGUUGAUAAGCUUGACUCGCGGUAGCUUUCAUGUACUCUCAGCAAGGUGCACAGGUCCUUACUCAUGUCAGCCUUCCUUGCAAAUGGCUCCACUGUUGAACGAACGCUAUCUGCGCGAUGACAGCAACAUGUCGUGAUACACAGGCACAGGAGGCAAUGGCAACUACCUUGCAUUGGUUACCCCGGUAGUGCCUCAGUUUGGCCAUUCAAAACCUCUUGCCUCACACCCUCAGAGCUAUUGCACUGCCAUUUCCAAACAUCUCUGCUAAGAGUAGUAACAGACUGUUGGAAAGACGUACUGACAUCCCGAAGGCCGAGAUGACGAUUGCGAAUCCCACCUCUUCCCACAAUGGCGAGAUGAAAGAGACUCCUGUUCUUGCUUGUGUGCAGAGGUCACUUCUAGAAGAUACGUACGGCAUUGUACGAAAGGGCUAGUGGUCAAAGCACGAGCUCUCCGUUCAUCUGCACUGCCUUGGUGGGGGCAAGAGCACCCCAGAUAAAUCUGUCAAACCCCUACCUCCUGAGAUGGCCCCGGUUCUUACACACUUCCCACGAAGCAUUGACAUUCUUCUCCAACUUACUCAAAAGCUUGUUCAUUUCUCAACCACUAUGGAGUACAUUGACUCUGCAAAGAAUGCCUUGCGGACCGACUUUACUUGGAACCGGGUCGGCCACCUUGCAGCAAGAGGAGCUCGUGCCUUUCCCCAGGCCAGUGUUGAAUAUGUCCUGGACAAGUUUCCCAUCAUCGGAUGGUUACCUCGGUACAACUAUCGAUGGAUCAUCAACGACAUUAUUGCUGGCUUAACCAUCGGGCUCAUGUUGAUUCCUCAAGGACUUUCCUACGCUAAGAUCGCCACCAUUCCUGUUCAGUAUGGCCUCAUGUCUAGCUGGGCUCCAUCAGUCAUCUAUGCCUUUAUGGGAACCACAAAGGAUCUCUCGACCGGUCCUACCUCCCUCAUCAGUCUCCUCACGGCAGAAAUCAUCGAGGCUCUUCACGGUGAGGAGUGGUCGCCGGUGGAGAUCGCGUCGGCAGUUGCCAUGAUGAUGGGCAUAUAUGGUAUGGCAAUUGGAUUUCUCAAGCUUGGCUUCCUAUUGGAGUUCAUCUCCCUUCCCGUCUUGAGCGGGUUCAUAUCAGCGGUCGCGAUCACGAUCAUUCUUAACCAGAUGGACUCUCUUCUGGGCGAACCCAACGUCGGCGACGGCACUGCCACGCAAAUUCGAGAUAUCUUCCAGCAGUUGCCCCAGGCCAACGGCUAUGCAUGUGCCAUUGGAUUCACGGGUAUACUCCUCCUCACAGUGCUUGACCAGGCCGGCAAGAGAUGGGGGGAAAAGAACAGAAUCAUCUGGUUCCUAUCCAUCACCCGGGCUUUCAUUGCACUGGUCAUUUUCACUGGCGUCGGAUAUGCUGUCAAUCAUUCUCGUGGAGCUUCCGAGAACUACCUGUUUGAUGUUGCCAAGGUUCAAGCAGAUGGACAAGAACCACCCAAUGUGCCCAGUGCCGCCCUGUUGUCCAAAGUUGCGUCCCGCAGCAUCGCCGUCUUCGUCGGCUCCGCAGUGGAGCAUACGGCGAUUGCCCGCGCCUUCGCGGUUAGGAACAACUACGUCACAGACCAGAGCCAGGAGCUGACAUACUACGGCGUCACCAACGUCUUCAACUCGUUUUUCCACGCAAUGGGUGUCGGUGGCGCCAUGUCCCGAACGGCCGUCAACUCUGCCUGCAACGUCAAAUCUCCCUUGUCAGGGUUCGUGACCACGGCUGUUGUGCUUGUGUCCAUCUUCAAACUCGUUGGAACCCUCUAUUGGAUCCCCAAAGCAACCUUGGCCGCUAUCAUCAUCACCGCAGUUUGGCCGCUGAUGUCAUCACCCAGAGUCUUCUACGGGUACUGGAAGACAUCACUCGCCGACUUCAUCUCUUCCAUGAUUGCAUUUUGGGUGUCUCUGUUUGUUUCAACUGAGCUGGGCAUUGCAUCAGCUGUGGGUUUCAACAUCGUAUAUGUCCUGCUCCGACAAGUUUUCGCAACUGUCCGGCCCCUGCCAGAUGCCCAAAGCUCGACCAGCUCUGAACUUCCGCUUCCCCUUUCGGUUCCUCAUGGCGAUAUCCCCUCGCAUGUCAACCUGCCUCCGGAUGUCCACGUUUUCGCCUUCACUGACAGCCUCUUCUUCCCAAAUGCGUACCACGCCAAACAUGCCAUCAUCGACACUGUGAAGACAAUGCAUGCCCCAAUCUUCAAUGGCAGUUGUGGCCUGGAGCAGGAACGACAGUGGUCAGUGACCGGGGAGAAUAGAAUUGCCAAGUUGAGGAGACAAGCGGGCAUUACUGAUGGCACACAUUUGCCUGCGAUCGGCUUGCUAGUCCUCGAUUUCGGGCGAACCAACCAUGUUGAUGUCACUGCCUGUACGCACAUGAAGGCCAUGGUUAAAGAGGUUAGAAUGUACGGCGGUGCUUCUGUGGAGGUGAGAUUUGCCAACAUGUCAGAAUAUGUCCGCCAACGCUUCGAAAGAGCUGGGUGGACGUUGGUGGACGGCUGGCCGGCCGGAUCUGAUGGAGGAUCGCAAGAUGGGAACAAGGUUACUCGAGUGUUUGACAGUCUUGUUGACGCAGUUUUGGCCCCUAGACAGCUGAGCACCAGACUUGGCACGUCGGGGAGUGAGAAGAGUAGUGGCAAGAGCGUCAAAGAGGGAAGAGAGAAAGUGAGCAUGAGAGAACAAGUAUGAACUGCACAUAGGUGAGAGAUUUGGUUGUUGUUUUCUGACUGGUCAAACACUGGAAUAUGAGAUGUUCAGUGUGAUUAACCUGGUCUAGAGAACCAGCUACAGAAGCUUUCAGAAGUUGCAGUUACCACUGGGCGUUGCUGUUAGUAAUUGAAUUAGGAACAACUCUUGAUCACAAAGCUACAUGGUAUUCGGUAUGAAAGGCUUCCAUCCAGGCUAAACCAUGCUGUUUGCAAUGUUAUGAUGCUGAUAAGCUGACCCAUAGAUAUACUCCAUUUCCAGGGCAAUGGUUAGUUAGCAGUCGGCAAUUGCUAAGUCGAUUUGUUCAGUUACAGAUGCCACUACGUCGGUACGCCUGGGGUGAAAGUUGACUUUCACCAAAGUGCCUAGCCGAAAUUGUGGGCUCUUU